GCCUUAGAAUGCCAGAGAUCACUAAUCAUUCUCUUUUCCCCUCUUUGCAGAUGCGGGGUUCCGACGACGGAGACUCGCGUGACCCUGAAUGGCCCAAGACAAGUUCCCUGGGUCCUAGUGACAGCAGGACGCAGAGGGCAAACCACACCAAGAAACUGCAAGAGCUGGCGCUGCUGCUACCUGUGGCCCUGAUGGCAGGGAACAAAAAGCUCACCAAGAAGGAGAUUCUGUUGCAUGUCCUGCACUACAUCCAGUACCUGCAGAAAAGCAUCGACGUGGCCAAGGCUUUGCUCAGGUUCUACACCACCGAGAGGAAACACAGGUUUACAGGGCUGGCUCGGAAACCCCCUGGGAGCCCAGCAAGGCAGAGACACUCCACUCCAUCCAGCUCCCCCUGCGCUCGCAAGUCCCAGCUCCAGGGGGCCUGCCGGAAACCUCAGAAGAAGAAGCCAGGACGAACGUCAGAACGCCAGACUCGGGCCCAGAAGCCUCGCCGCUGUCUGGCCCUUUGCAAGUCUGAGGUGACCUCAUCCCCUGAGCAGACAGGAGAGAACCUACAGGGCGCCAACCUGCCUCUAAGAUGCUGGGAUUUCAGCAGACAGCUGGACGAUGCCGCACUAUCUCCCUGUCCAGGCUGCUGUGUCGGAGCCUGUGCCCAGGACGAUGAGACUUUUGCUGCCCCAGGGGUCCUAGGAGAUGCUGAGAGGAUCUGUUUGCUCAACGGAGGACAAGCCUGUCCCUGGCAGAAGCUGUUGUGCUGCGAUUCCAGCGAGGAGGUGAAGGAGUACGACCCUUGGCUUCCUGUCUGGACCCCCAAGGACAAUUCCGAAGGGAGCCUGCUGGCGCUGGAGCCUCCCCAGGACAAGGACUGGAGUGCCACAGGUCAACCGAGUGAGGUCCUGGGGCUCAGCCCCUCCAUCUUCAGCUCCCCGGGGAAGCUGCUGUUCCGUCAGAUCCUGGCAGACGGGGAGGACUACCUGACCCAAGUGCUCUUUGAAGAAGUGGACUUCGGCCCUGACUCCCCUCCAUGGGCCUGCGUGUCUGACAAGGACAUCCUAGCUGAGGACCCCGAAGACAGUAGGGAAGCCGAUGACCCACUCCAAUCCUCUGUCUUGUCUGAUGACUGCUACCUCUCCCAGAGCGAUACCAGCGAGGCCUCGUCCAGCGCAGGCUCAGAGACCACCGAGACAGAGUCCCUGUGCUGGCAGCUGGAGGAGUCCCAGGACGACGUCCCCGAGGAUGGUCUGUCCUCCAGUGAGGAAGAUGGGGACUACACCUGGACCCCCACCCGACGGACCUCGCUCCUGCCUCCCAACGGGAGGAAGGCCAAGAGCCGGGCUGCUAAGGCCCCCGUGAAGUCCAAGGAGAGUUGGGCAGCCCCAGGCCAGAGCCAAAGGAAGAAAAAGUGUGUCAACGGCUUCAUCAUGUUCUGCCGCAUGAACCGGAAGCAGUACAUCCGAGCCUGUCCAGGGACUGCGUCCACCACUGCUACCAAGGAGUUGGCUCAGCUGUGGCGAGCGAUGACCCCGCAGGAACGGAAGCCCUAUUGCACCAAGGCUCGCAGGUUCAGUCGCCAGCACAACCGCAUUGUGAAGCAGGACCGCUCCAGCAGCGAGGACGACGACGACUGGGAACCACCCAAGCCUUUUUAUCAGCUGCUGGCCAACAAGGCCCGUCGGGAGCCUGGCCCGCGUCCUCGGCGCCAGUGAGACCUGCUGAGGUGUCUCCCGCCACUCCUCCGCCCCCCCAGCAGCUUUUGGUUAUUGUACACCCCCGCAUCUCGGCUGCAGGAGGAGGGGCUGUCCUGCUUACUGCCCCGUUUGUGUUCUUUGGGUGGGGGCUGGAGCCCGAAUGAAAUGGAGGGAGAUGGGCACCCCACCCUCAAUGCCUGUUCACCCCCCACUGUUCUAUUUAUAGAUUAUUUAUUGUUUUGAAAUAAAGCAAUGGACCCCUUGCUGCCAGCAAGAAGGCCAA